CAUGCAAUUACUGAACUAUAACAACCAUCUAUAUUAUUUUGCGUGUGCACAUCCCAUUCCCAGUUCAAACUAUCGUUAUGCAGCAGUGCGUGUAAAUCGAUGGAAGCUUAAAAUAACAAUUUACUUUUUCGAGGAUCCAUUACAUUUUAAUUUUUGCUCCACCCACCCUCCGGGACUUGUCAAGCGCAUGUAUAUUCCCGUGAUAAAUCAUUGUUCAACCAUUGUUCAUCAGUAUUACACAUCCAUCAGAUCCAUCAGGAUUCGAAGCCAUGACGACUAGUGGUUUGUGAGUUUUGACCUGUUCUCCGAGCUGAGGGAUUAUCGUGCAGAGGUUUUGUUGCCUGAUUAGGCAACAUCAUCAGUACGGCUUCAGGGGCCUGGUUCGCAGUGCCUCGUAAGCGGCUUCAAUGUCCAAGUGCUUAUUGAUC